CGGGGGCUGGCGGCUGCGUUUCCGUGUCCCGGGCAGUGGAGAGGUUACCGGAGAGAGGGAGAGGAAGACACGGAGAGGGAGCCGGGGGCGCGAGGAGGCGGAGAAGGCAGAAAGGAAGGAAGGGGAGGGAGCAGCAGCAGCCCGGAGCUGGGAGGCCAGGCGCCCACCUCAGCCCGCGGCCUGAGAGCAGGGGGAGGGCCGGCCCUCCCUGUCCCUGACAUGUGAGGCGGGCCAGCGGCCACCAUGAAGAAGUUCAACAUCAGGAAGGUGCUGGACGGCCUGACGGCGGCGGCGGCCGCCUCGUCCUCCUCGUCCCAGCCCGGCCAGCGGCCGCCCGACAGUGACAUCGUCGAGACCCUGUGCUCCGACCACUUCCAGCUCUGCAAAACGGUUCGUCAUGGAUUUCCAUAUCAGCCUUCAGCCAUGGCUUUCGAUCCAGUGCAGAAAAUCCUGGCAAUUGGAACCCAAACUGGAUCUUUGAGACUCUUUGGACGACCAGGGGUGGAGUGUUACUGCCAACAUGAGAGUGCUGCAGGAGUGAUCCAACUGCAGUUCUUGAUUAAUGAGGGAGCCCUUGUGAGUGCCUUGGCGGAUGAUACUUUACAUCUCUGGAAUCUACGUCAGAAAAGGCCUGCCAUACUCCAUUCUCUUAAAUUCAACAAAGAAAGGAUAACAUUUUGCCAUCUGCCCUUCCAGAGUAAAUGGUUGUAUGUUGGCACGGAAAGAGGCAAUGUGCAUAUUGUCAACGUGGAGUCUUUCACACUCUCAGGCUACGUUAUUAUGUGGAAUAAAGCCAUUGAGCUAUCAUCAAAAACUCACCCAGGGCUAAUUGUCCACAUCAGUGACAACCCCAUGGAUGAAGGCAAGCUUUUGAUUGGUUUCGAAUCUGGAACUCUGGUAUUGUGGGACCUUAAAUCAAAGAAGGGGGAGUACAGAUACAGCUACGAUGAGGCUAUUCAUUCUGUGGCUUGGCAUCAUGAAGGAAAACAGUUUGUUUGUAGCCAUUCAGAUGGCAGCCUUACUAUCUGGAAUGUAAAAUCUCCUGUCAGACCUGCACAAAUUAUUACACCACAUGGAAAGCUGCCAAAAGAUGGAAAGAAACCAGAGUCCUGCAAACCCAUCCUAAAAGUGGAAUAUAGAACCUGUAAAUCCGGAGAUCCUUUCAUCAUAUUCUCAGGAGGUCUGUCCUAUGAUACUGUAGGCAGAAGACCAUGCUUGACAGUGAUGCAUGGGAAGAGCACUGCAGUACUUGAGAUGGACUACCCGAUUGUCGAUUUUCUCAGCCUCUGUGAAACACCAUAUCCUAGCGAUUUUCAGGAGCCGUAUGCGGUUGUUGUCCUUCUGGAAAAGGACUUAGUAGUUGUAGACCUCGGACAAAAUGGUUACCCUAUAUUUGAGAACCCAUACCCUUUGGAUAUACAUGAAUCGCCUGUCACCUGUUGCGAGUAUUUUGCUGACUGCCCUGUUGAUUUAAUUCCUGCACUUUAUUCUGUUGGGGCAAAGCAGAAACGGCAAGGAUACAGUAAAAAGGAAUGGCCCAUCAAUGGAGGUAACUGGGGCUUAGGCACUCAGAGCUACCCAGAGAUAAUUAUCACAGGGCAUGCAGAUGGAUCAUUGAAGUUCUGGGAUGCUUCAGCCAUAACGUUACAAGUUUUGUAUAAGAUGAAGACAUCCAAGGUAUUUGAAAAAUCUCGGAAUAAAGAGGAAAAACCAAACACAGACAUUGUGGAUGAAGACCCAUAUGCCAUUCAGAUUAUCACAUGGUGUCCUGAAAGCAGAAUGCUGUGUGUGGCAGGUGUAUCAGCACAUGUAAUAGUUUACAAAUUCAGCAGACAGGAAGUGACAACAGAGGCUAUCCAGAUGCUCGAAAUACGAUUGCAUUACGAAAUAAAUGAUCUUGAAUCACCGGACACUGAUCAAAUACCAACAUUGGGGACGUCAUGUCCGGGACCAAACUCUCAAACUGCAAACUCUCAGUCUCAUCCCUCUACAAGCAGCAGCUCAUCAGAUGGUCUCCGCGAUAAUGUGCCCUGUCUUAAAAUUAAAAGUACUCCAUUAAAACAAGGGGCAGGCUAUCAGGCUGAAGUAGUGAUUCAGUUGGUUUGGGUUAAUGGCGAACCUCCACAGCAGAUAAGCAGCCUAGCAGUGAAUUCAUCAUAUGGACUUUUGGUGUUUGGAAACUGUAAUGGCAUUGCAAUGGUUGAUUACAUUCAGAAAACUGUACUACUAAACCUGGGCACAAUUGAACUGUAUGGGUCAAACGAUCCUUACCAGAGACAACCAAAGUCCCCACGCAAAACACGGCAAACCUCGGGAGGUCUCUGUGAUAUCAAUGAGGGUUCUACAACUCUCGAUGACCGCUGCAAAUCUCCCACAUCAGGUUCUGCCUCUUCAUGCAAUUCUGAAGAUGAACAAAAAUUGCCUAACUUUAUAGAAAGGGUGAAAAACAAAAGCAGAAAAUUUUCCAAGACCAUAGUAUCUGAUAUAGCGAAGAUGUCAAGAAAACUAAGCUUGCCGACUGAACUGAAGCCCGAUUUAGAUGUGAGAGACAACUCUUUCAGCCGUUCCCGCAGUUCCAGUGUUACCAGCAUCGACAAGGAGUCCCGAGAGGCGAUCACAGCUCUUCACUUCUGUGAGACUUACACCCGAAAGGCAGACACAUGCACAUCACCAUGCUUGUGGGUAGGGACUACACUUGGCACUGUAUUGGUCAUAGUACUGAAUCUGCCACCUGGAGGAGAGCAGAGACUUACUCAGCCGGUCAUCGUGUCUCCCAGUGGGACUAUAUUUAGACUAAAAGGGGCAAUUUUGCAAAUGGCAUUUCUGGACACCACAGGAAGCCUCAUCAACCCAGCACACGAACCCUGGAGAGAACCAAAUGUACAAGAGGAGAAGGAUGACAAGGAUAAAUGUAGGAAACUGAGGCCAGUGUCUGUCUCCCCCUCGUCCUCUCAGGAGAUAAAUGAAACCCAAUACACAGUAAUAUGUUCAGAAAAACAGGCAAAAAUUAUCUCGCUGCCAUCCCAAAACUGUAUUUAUAAACACAACAUAACUGAAACAUCGUUUGUUCUUCGUGCUGAUAUUGUGGGACUGAAUGGGAGCAUCUGCCUUGCAUGCUUCUGUGCCAAUGGACAUAUCAUGACAUUCAGCUUGCCAAGCCUUAGGCCACUGCUGGAUGUCAAUUAUUUGCCACUGACGGACAUGAGAAUAGCUCGUACUUUCUGUUUCACCAACAACGGGCAGGCUCUAUAUCUGGUUUCCCCUACUGAGAUCCAGCGCAUCACUUACAGUCAGGGAACAUGUGAGAAUUUGCAGGAAAUGCUAGGAGAACUGUUUACUCCUGUGGAAACACCAGAAGCUCCAAACAGAGGGUUUUUUAAAGGCUUGUUUGGUGGAGGUGCCCAGUCACUAGACAGAGAAGAGCUAUUUGGCGAAUCUGCAGCAGGAAAACCCUCAAGGAGCCUGGCCCAGCAUAUCCCAGGGACUGGUGGAAUUGAAGGUGUCAAAGGAGCGGCAUCUGGUGUUGCAGGCGAGCUGGCACGAGCCAGGAUAGCACUUGACGAAAGAGGGCAGAAACUGAGUGAGCUGGAAGAACGAACAGCGGCCAUGAUGUACAGUGCUGACACUUUCUCUAAACAUGCUCACGAGAUGAUGCUAAAGUGCAAAGACAAGAAGUGGUACCAGUUCUGAUAACCUUGCUGCACAUUACCAAACUACUUAAGCUGGAAGGAGGUUAUCCACAGAUGAUUCUCCCUCUUCAUUUAUUUCUGCAGGACAGGAGGUUCAUCUUUGAGUACUGCUGUUUCCUAGCACAACUCAUAAACUUUCCCUCAGUCACAUUGCUUUAAACUGAGGAGGAAACUGAAAACUUGCAACAUGAAGGUGUUUUCUACUGUAACUGUGGGUUGAUGCACAGUGUGGGACCUGAGCAGGGAACAAGGGACACAUGGGGCAGUGCUGGGUUUUCUGUGUUAUUUCACAUGCCAAAUGUUUUGUGCUAUUGUCUCUGCCAGUGUUUCACCCAUGGAGCUAUAAAUGUAUACUGCAUUCACUCCAGAUGCCAACAAAUGCAAAACAAGAGGAUAAAUACGUAUAGCAGAGUAUUGACAUGAGAAUCCAAACAAUGAUCCAUUCCUGGCCCAAGAAAUUAAUUUGCACCUUAUUUGUUUGCGUUCAGUGCUGGUUGGAUAAUACUGGUUUGCAUCUGACGCUGAUUGGAAGAUACAGGUUUGGAUCCAAUUGUUAUUGGAUGAUGCUUGUUUGUCUAAUGCUAGUUGGAUAUUGGUGUAUGUCCGCUGGUUGGAUGCUGUCAGUUUGUGUCUGGUGCUAAUUGGAUGAUGUCAGAUUGUGGCCGUGCUGGUUGGAUGAUGUUGGCUUAUGUCCAGCAGUGUUUGGAUGAUGUCGGUUUGCAUCCAACACUAGUCAAUGUUGAUUUCUGACCGGUGAUGAUUGGAUGAUGUCAGUUUAUCUCCAACAAUAAUUGGUUGAUGUUAAUUUUUGUCUGGUGAAUAUUGGAGGAUGUCAGUAUGUGUCCAGAGCUGGUUGAAUGAAUAACAUUUUUUGAUCUGAUUUUGUCCUUAGCUGAUAAUUUAGUUGAUAUGGAUCCAUUUCAUGCCAGAUGCUGCCUGUAACAUUACUCAUACGGAAAGUAUUGUAAUUAGAUUUGUUACUUUUGUUAAUGCAAGUUUAUGUAUGUCUCCCCAUUUACUAUAAAUAUUUGUCAGUAAUGCUAAACUUAUCUAAACUAAUGACCUUUUUUAAAAAUCUUAAAUCACCAGUUUGGGGUUUGAGUCCACAUAACCAUUAUACAAAUAAAAUCUUAACUUUCAUUAAUAGUAUUACGUUGCCAGAUUUUACUCCAGUUUGAAUACUCUUAAUACUUAAUGUACUAACUCCUACCUUAUUACUCCCUAGGUCUUGUAUGAAAUUAUGGCAUUUAGCAGACUUAUGUCUGCAGAAUACUUUGGGAGACCAUGGAAAUAUUUUUUCUUGUUCAAGGAACAAAUUUCAGUUGACAAUAAGAACUAUUUUCCUGGCAGAAAUAUGCUUGGAACCAAAGGGGAGAAAAGUGGCAGGUUAAUAUUAUUUAUGAGGUGAGAGGAAGAAGUGGAUGAGUCUGACUGUGAGUAGUUGGCAAAUUAAUAGGACACUGAAGCUCCUUUAGAAAAACACUUAUGUGCAUGGAAUACAUGAAAUAUCAACAUAGUUAGAAGUUUUUCGUAAGUGAGGUCAGCUGCCAGCAUGGGCUGAUUCUGAUUCCUGUUCAUACCUUGCUGUAUUGUAGCAUUUGUGCUACACGGAGGUGAUAUUUAGUGCAAUACUUUGGGAAUGCCCAUAUUGGAAAAUUAAAUGGAAUGUACCUGAGAAGUUGGUCACAACUUUUUUCUAUCUUUGUUUUUGUACAUACAGUAGUUUUAUGUAUUUGCCUAUGCCACUUUGCUUUAGCUUUGGUAUGUGAAGUCUGCAGCCUUUCCCAUUCAUGAUCACUGCACAUGUUCAUUUUGGGUCUUGUGUGGGAAAUUAAAGGCUGAGAUUGUGAAGGAAUGCUGCUGGCUCAAGAUAAUGGCUGUUGUUUAACAACAAAGCCUGGGCUUGGAAUGUAAUUGAAUUCCAUUGUGUUAUGUUGCUCAUGCAGUAGAAUCUAUUGUUCACAGACCUCAGAAGCCACUGUAUCCAGAUCAACACAGCAAAUCGCUAUGCUUUUAAAACAUAGUCUAUUAGAAAUUCACGAGCAUUUGUUUCAUGAUGAAAUUCUAACCUGCAUUCAAUAUAAAAUGUUGAUCACCAUGGUCAUCUUCAGUGCAGAAAUGUUUAUCUGGUGUGUUAUCAGUUGUUGCCAAGCUUUUCAUAUUUAGUUUUUUUGCAUUUAUUUUGGAGGACAUUUCAUUCCUUUUUGUUUACAGUUCUUUUUUGUUCUAGUAUCUCACUGAAAUCUGGAGUACCUCUUAUAAAGUGGCUACUGCCUGGAUUGUCCUGUCUCCCCCAAUUAUGAAGGCACAAUGCUCCUAAAAGGGGAGUUGUACACACACAAGGGUCUUUAUCCUCUUGAUUAGCAUUUCAGGAUUUCUUUAAUGAAACUGAUUUCUUUUCAGCAUAUUUGAAAAUAUAUAAAUAUGAAGUAUAUGUGUUGAGAAAUAUAUUUCCUUAAACAUGUUUUCAGUGUAGGGUCUGUAUUUCAUUUCCCUGAUCUUUUGAUGGAAGUGCACGAAAUUAACUGCUGUUUGUGUGUUACCCGUGAUGUGCAUCAAGUCUCUGAGUGUUCUGUUAAAUUAAAAGCUAAUGAAGUUGAAUUUGCUGAGUACUUCUGCCAAAUUGUAAUGUUUUUUCCUGAAAACUGUUUUUCUAAAAAAAUUAAAAUAUCCAAUCCAGCUGAAAAA